UAUUUACAACCGCUGAGUGAUGAUCGGGACAUAUAUGUAAUGUAGCCAAAAUACGAAUGUGGCACAAAAGAACGUAAACAUAACAACCAAGUGAAUAUAGGAAACAAAAUAAUUAUAAUUUCAUUUUGAUGUGAUUUACAACACCAUGGUGGUGCUAAAUGAUAAAAGCUUACCGAAGAUUAUUCGUAAGUAAUUGCAACACAAAAGAAGCACGAAACGUAAAGUGCGUCAAAAUCUAUUUUGAAACUUAGAUUGUGAUGUAUGUAUAUGUAGCAUUUGAUAAAAAAGUAAUUAAUACCAAGCUUUAGUUAUGGGUAUUUUUUUUUGUAAUUAUGGUUUUCACUUUCAAUCCCACUUUACGCAAGAGGAAGAGGGAGACAAAGACAAUGUAAAAAACUCCAUGAACUAAGCAAGAUUUAAGUAACUGAAGCAAUUGAAAGAUGUUUGAUACGAAAACCUUUUUGAAUUAUUUGGAUGUAUAAGCGUAUAGUAUUGGUUCAUAUUUGUUGAAAUUUACACGUCACAGGCUCACAGCAGACAUGAACUGCCACGUGUAGUCAUUAGCCGUCUCCUCUUAACUCUGAAGUAAUUUACUUUCUCAUUAAAUCGUUAGUUAAGUGUAGAAACAGACAACUAAUCGGUACUUAAAUACCGUGUUCUAACUUUCAUGGUAAAAAGAGUUCCUUGAUUUCGAAAUUCUUGAGAAAUAAAAGACGAUAUCUGCCAAUCACAAAUCCUAAAACUUGACACUGUUAAUUAAUAAAGAUGGGGUAUAAAGGCGUUGGUUUGCCUACCCACACGGCUACAACAACGCGUACGAAGCCAUCUAAGAUGUACAAGGAGAAGGAAGAUGUUGUACGUUGGAUCUUUAAAUUCGUAGGACGUCGUAAGAAGAUCCUCUUCAUUAUCACAACUCUUGUCUUCAUUCGCGUCCUUUACGUUUGGCAUGGUGAAGAUGGUCAGAAAGUUGAAGUUCCUCACAGUAAAACUACAAAUAAAGAGCCAUUAAGCAAUAUCCAUAACAAUUUAUCUCACGUGGUAAAAGCUGCAAAAGUGUAUCGGCCUCGUCCUCCUCCAUAUUUUCGUGGCUAUACACUUCCUCCAAAUCAUCCCUGUAACCGGUUCACGUUACCUCCUCCACCAGCUGACAAGAAGAGAACCGGACCACGCCCAUGCCCGGUUUGUUACCUUCCAUUAGAAGAAGCAAUCGCCUUAAUGCCAAGCUCACCGUCGUUUUCCCCUAUUCUUAAGAAUCUAACAUAUAUACAUGAGAAGCCACUUAACCGGAAAACAGAGUUUGGAGGGUCAGAUUUUGGCGGUUAUCCGACUUUGAAACAAAGGAGAAGAUCUUUUAACAUCAAAGGAUCAAUGAGUGUGCAUUGCGGAUUUGUCAAAGGACGUCAACCUGGAAGAGGUACAGGAUUUGAUAUCAACGAGAAAGAUCUUCUUGAAAUGAAGCGGUGUCGAGGGAUAGUUGUUGCUUCAACAGUAUUUGAUGCUUUUGACGAUGUGAAGAGCCCUAGCAAUAUUAGUAAAUACUCCGAGCAAACGGUUUGCUUCUUCAUGUUUAUUGAUGAGAAGACCGAAUCAAGCUUGAAGAGAGAUAAAAAGUUUAAUAGAACCACCAAGAAAGUAGGGUUAUGGAGAGUUGUUGUUGUUCACAACCUUCCUUAUACAGAUGGAAGACGCAAUGGAAAGGUACCAAAGCUUCUUGUCCAUAGGCUGUUUCCGAAUUCUCGGUAUUCUUUAUGGAUGGAUGGGAAGCUGGACCUUGUGGUCGAUCCACAUCAAAUUCUCGAGAGGUUCUUGUGGAGGGAAAAUGUCACAUUUGCAAUCUCUAGACAUUACAAACGGUUUGAUGUAUUUGUGGAAGCAGAAGCAAAUAAAGCUGCGGGUAAAUAUGCCAAUGCUUCAAUAGAUUUUCAAGUGGAUUUCUACAAGAAAGAAGGUCUAACACCUUAUUCUACAGCCAAGCUCCCAAUAACAAGCGAUGUACCAGAAGGAUGUGUCAUUUUAAGAGAGCAUGUUCCAAUUAGCAAUCUCUUUACUUGUCUUUGGUUCAAUGAAGUUGAUCGCUUCACUUCUAGAGAUCAAAUCAGUUUCUCAACAGUAAGAGACAAGAUUGCUGCGAGAACAAAAUGGAAUGUGAGUAUGUUUCUAGACUGCCAAAGACGCAACUUUGUGGUUCAGAGAUAUCAUCUAGCGGAUCAAGAGAAACUGAAGAAGAAACCAACUCCAAUGGCCAUACUCCCUCCACCGGCAUUGGUCAGCAGAGAUUUGCCUAGGAAGUUGAACAAUGUGAGUCAAGUCGUGAGCAUAACACAACCUAAAAGGCGAGGAAGAGACAAACAGUUAAGUGCAAGGAGUAAGAGAAAAGCUACUUUGCCUACAAGAUCACCAGAGCCAGCUUAAGAACAAUUGGUUGGUUAAUUUAUUUCAAAGAAUUCAAAGUCAGUCUUUUAAUGUAACUGCACUACAUACGAACACAUUGUAAUUGGACAUCAUGUUAUAAAGAAAAUUUCUUAUGAUCCAUAUCUAUGAUUAUGUAUCUCAUUGUUCUUUAAUUAUUCACAUUAGCAAUCUAGCAUGUAUAAGGAAUGUAACAAGGUUUUGUAAUCAAAAUCAUCUAUUGGAUGACUAACUACAAUACGCAAUUUGAACUAUUUAUAUAUAAACUUUCUUAUUAUUACACAGUACAACAUGUAUGAGCAAUAUGGAAAACAUACAUAUUGCACAUGUUGCGUUUCUCAUUCACAAUCUCAUACAGUAAAAAAACAACUAGCCGUAGCUCAAUGGUAAAAUACAUAAUUCAGCUGAUAUACGUAGACGAAACCACAUUACUAGGUUUGAGUAUUUAUGUGAAAUAUUAGAGUAAUAACACCGAGAUUUCAUGUCUAGAAAUAGAAUUAGAAAAAGUGCAGAACAAUAGUUACAAAAAUUUUAAGUCAUGGCGAGAAACAAAAGCUAAAAGAUAUAUAAUCGAACAUUUUUGAAUGGUUAUGGUGGUGAUUAGUGAAGCAACAUCGACGGUCCACAAAGAGCAAGUGGUGGGUAAAGUAAAGAGCUUUCCACCAAAGUAAAUAAAUUAAGUAAACAGAGUUUGUGUCCAUUCAAAGUUGCACAUUAAGAAGAAAGUGGUAAUAUAAAAAUUUGAAAUAUAAAGAAAGGGUUCCACUUUGUAUAUAAAUCAUUGUGCUAAUGGAAUCUGUUGUCAUAAUAGUUUCUCCACUUUCUUGAUCACAAUCUACCGCACUGCUAUUAUUCUAUGCACUUGGAUCAGUAGAUGUACACAUACUCGUAUAUGUAAUGCAUAAAGCAAAAAAAGCAUGGCCGCUGCUGAAUUAUUGCUGCAUUUUAUGAACAGUUCCUUGCGUUUUGGAAUAUUGAAAGUAUGGAAUGUAUUAAUCGCUGCCGAAAGAAACAAUUAAUUUUAGUCAAUUUUGUUUAGUGAGAUGUUCAAUGUGUUUAAUCUGAUGUUAGGUAGUCCAGAGCAAAUCUCCUUUUUAUAGUGAUACAGAAAUCAGUAUACACUUUUUACCACAGUACGUAGUAUACAAGACGACCAAUUGACUCUAGUAUUAUCAAGUAAUUUCGUGAAAUAAUCAUGACCUCAAUGUUACAAAAAAAAAAUCAUGACCUGAAUAAAGUAUAACAUUUGUAUUAAGUAUCUCGAUCAAAGACAUAACCGGCCGUGAGUACAAGUGUUAUCAACGCACGUCAUGUGUUCGAUGUACAAGGUUAUCUUAACAAACAAGUACAUUGACAUCAUCAGUCGUAUAUCUAAAGUUACAUUUUCUUUUACCUCUAUUGUAUUAGGAGGUAUAUUUCUUUUUUUUACAAGGGUUUUCUAGGAAGUAUAUUUCUUUCGAACAUAUUUUUUUUAUAUCUAUAUUUUAAUUAAUUUUGGUAUCUCUGUUGAAUAGCAUAAAAUCUCGUAAAAUAAUAUGCAUGUUAUAUAUAUACUAAUAUCGAUAAAUGCUCGUUUUAAAAUUAGAAAUUCCUACUUUCUCAAAAACAAAUACAAAUUACUAAUUUAUAGAUGUUGAGUAUAGCUGAUAGUUUUUUUUCGAAAUUCCACAUUUUACUAAGCUUGUGAAAAUAAGCUUUUAGUCAUAUAAAUUAGUAAAUCCAACACCAAAUGAAAUACAUAUCUUUUUGAGAAAAAACGACUAAUUUUAUAGAUGUUGUGCUUUUGUUGUUUUGUUGGUAAGACAUUCCGAACGUUCACUGUUACAAGUUACAGCAUGAAUAUAUAGCUGCAUAUUCAUCGAACAAAAAAACUUGAAUUUUAGAUUUUCAAUUCUCUGGAGACAAAUCCACCAAUCUAGUUAGUUAGUUAGUUAUUUAUUUAUUAAUUUCGAGCAAUUUGUUUCAACCCUAACAAAAAUCGACAACAUGGUAUAUUAGGUGAGAUUGCACAAGCUAAUGGAGAUUCAGAAAACGUUAGACACUUCAGUUACAAAAAAAAUGUUAGACGCUAAAUAGGUGGUGUAUUAAAAAUUUAUUAUAAAUAAUAAAAUUUAUAUUAUUAUUAUUUUUCAAAGGGUUUAAAAAAUUGUAUUGUUUAUUUUCAUAAGAUUCUAUAAUACAAUAUAUUAACCGCCACUCUUUAUAAAAUAAAAAAUAAUAAAUUAUUAGAAUAUUAUAAUUAAGUUUUAGGCGAUUUUAAAAUACUCGUCAGAGUUUUAGAAGACUCAGUGAUUUAUCACCGUAUACGAGCUGACGAUUUAAGCUUCUACCAAGUGAUACAAAUUCAUUGAAGUUACCAAUUCACGUAAUGCCCCAAUUCUCAAAAUAUGAUAUAAUUACCUCGAAUGCUUUAUUUCCUUGUAACCAAUGCUUAAUUCUAAUGAGCAUAUGUUAAAAAAGGAAAGACUUUCUCAUUCCACGACACGUAUGAUUAUCUUAAUCAGAUACUCUUUCGGAUGAGCACAAGGGCACCAAUGAGGAGGAAGAGGACAUAAGAGCCAAGUGCGUAAACAAAUAUGACACUACAAAAAGCAAAAAGAAAGAAAAUCAAUCUGUAAAGAGAAGUUAGGAACAAGUCAUUUUCGAAAGUCCCUUCUACCAAAAUAGUUAAUUAUACUUGAGUUACUUUACAACUAGGAUAAACAUGUUCAUCAAUUUCCAUUUUUCCCAAUUAAUACUUUUCUAAAAAGAAUCGCAUUAUUAGAAGUUGCACUUUGUUAAUACUUUUACCCACUUGCUUCGGUGUUAACACGAUACAAUAACUAAUUCAACCAUCCCAUAGAUUUCUAGCUUCAAGCAAAUCCAUAAACAUAAGUUACAUAACUAUGUUUUAUAUCAUUUCACAACUAAUAUCUGAUGGGUCAAACAUACAAUACUUUAGUUUUUGCGGUAUGGUAUUCUAAACCAUAAGAACUAAAUAAUUUAAGAUUCUAAAAAUAUUUGUGUGUUAGGCUAUUGUUCGGUGUUCGGUCAUCAGUCAUCAACCAAUGAUGUAUAUAAUCAAGUAAACUAAAAAAAGGAUCCAUUCUUUGACAGGGGUAAAUAUCCUGGUGUUAAAUUAAUAAUUGAUUAAUUACUUUUUUGGAUUAACCAAAAAUUUUAAACAGACAAAAGAAACCCUACGAGGGUGCAUACGUUUGCAUAGAGUGAUGCCAUAGCUUACAUAUAACGCAAGUUCAGAAGUUAUCCAUAUUACUCUCAAGUCUUAACAACCCCAAAAGGUCUUGAUUUUACACGUGCCGCAUGUAUCCGUUGUUGUUUCAAAAAUAAUCAAAAAUCACUAGCCCAAAAAGAAAAAGUCGGGUAUUGCACAAAUCAAUCCAAGUUUUUCUAUAAGACACUCGAAUAUUUUCUUUGACCUUAGAGAUUGUUAGUAAUAUUCGGGUUGCCCUCUGAAGUUGUGAAUAAAACAUCUAAUUCAAUUUUUUUUAAAUCCCUGAAUUCGAAAUUAAAUUACUUUUGUCUCAAAUAUCACUCGAUCUUCUGACUUUUAAGCUCUAUCUUUGAUGCUUCUCCAGGUGAGAUAACGAUAAUUUUAUUAGCUUAGUAAAUACAACAAAUUCAUUUUAGUUUUUUUUUUUACUUGUCUACGUCUUGUGUAGAUUAUUAUUGGCUAGCUACUUCCAGGAACACAUAUCAUGAUAAUCAGAAAGUCAGUAAGAAAAAGCUUUGCUUUAUUUUAUUUUAACUUUUGACGACAAAAAAAACUUUGCUUUAACAUACAAAGAAACAACAAUUCAGGAUUGAACCAGAACUGCAUAUCUUAAUUGUAUUUAUUUAGAAUGGUAAGCUACCAAAAUUUUGCAAUUGUUAAUCUAAAUAAAUAAACUUUAGAUUAUAUAAGAAACUUGAUGAUACCUUUUCAUGUAAUGUACCAAGAAUAUUCUUAUUACCUGCACUGAACCAAAAGUAGAGCUGAUAAAAAUUAGGUUUAGCUGACAAAAUUAGGAGACAUGUGCAAGGGAAAUUUGGCUGUAUGACGCUGAAAAAAACCAUAAUUCACCUUCUAACCAAUUUCCCUAAUAUAUCGAUACACCAUCUGUCUUUCCUAUAAUAUUGCCAAAAUACCCUUUCAUUCUACCGGUGAAACCUGAAGAAAAUAAAAAUAAAAAAUCCUAGUUAUUAGCUGUUUCAAAUUACUUGUGGCGUAAUCAUAUUCACAUCUUUCCUUUUACCUUUAUUUGGUAAUUUUUGAGAAAUUGAUUCAUGAUUUUCUCCACCUCUUCCAACCAUGUUUCCCUCCUCCCCAUCGCCACCGUCUGUGUUCUCUGAGUUUAUUUAUUUCUCUAAUUGUGUUGCAAAGGGAAUCGUCUCCACUUUGGGAAUCUAUUGUGAGAAGACGUCGUGACAGUCCAAUCGGGGAGAAGGAGCACACUGACCAUUUUUCCAUUCACAUCGGCGCUUUGUCUCAGAUCUAUUGCAAUACUGUUGCUCCGCUGUAGUGACACUUAUUAUGUUAUAAAUGCACGCUGUUGGGAUGGAAUUGAAGUGUGUGGCUUUCACUGAAGAAAAUGUUUGUGUAGCUGCGGAGAACUACUUGCUUGAAACACUGGCACUGUGUCAAGCCGGAGCACUCACCCAGGACGUGUAGACAUGGGUUUAUGGUUUCUAAGCAUAGUUUUAAUGUUCUAGCUUUGCUUCUUGUUUUUAGAUACUACCAUCUAAACUACCUCCGUGUUGUAGUAAUGUUUUAUGUAAUGACUCCAACUCUAUGUAUCUUCUUCCUUUUUGUUGCUUACACUGGAAGAAUGAAAUCACAUUCCAUAUGCGUCAAUUUGAAUUUGGUGUAAGCAUUACCUCCUUCCGUGCAAUCAUAAACACUUCAAAAUGUGAGCAAUAUGUAUUAUAUAACGUUGGUUAGAUGAAAUAGAACAAUUAAUUAUAUACUAUUUCCGUAUUUUGAUUUAUUUAAGUUACUUUUACAUUUGAGUUUGGGUUUAUGAAUUUAGGUUUUAGCUUUAGUAUUUAGGGCUUCCAGGUAGGUUUGUUCAGGGUCUAGUAUUUCAGGGUCGGAGGUUGGUUGAGGUUGGAGGUUGGUUGUGAUUCUGAUUAUGGUUAUAGUACUAUACUAUGUUGGUGAGAUGAAAUAGAACAGUUAAAUUUUACUAUUUUUGUAUUUUAAUUUAUUAAAGAUAUUUUAUAUUUGGGUUUGGGUUUAUGAAUUCGGGUUUAGGGUUUAGUAUUUAUGGCUUUAAGGUGGAUUAGUUUAGGGUUUAGUAUUUCAGUGUUGGAGGUUGGUUGUGAUUCUGAUGGUUUUAGUAUUAUACUAUGCUGGUGAGAUGAAAUAGAAUAGUUAAUUAUAUAAUAUUUUGUAUUUUAAUUUAUAAAAGAUAUUUUACAUUGGGUUUGGGUUUAUGAAUUCGGGUUUAGGGGUUAGUAUUUAUGAUUUAGAGGUGGGUUGGUUUAGGGUCUAGUAUUUCAGGGUUAGAGGUUGGUUGGGGUUAGAGGUUGGUUAUGAUUCUAAUUGUGUUUAUAGUACUCUACUAUGUUGGUGAGAUGAAAUAGAACAUUUUCUUUUCCAUCAUGUGUGUUGCAUACAGCUGUCAUAUAUGCUUCAUAUAAUUAAGUGUCCCUAAAAAGACCACGUCUCUUAUAUUUGGAAGUGAAACUGGCAACCUGUUAAGUAAAGGGGUAGAACCGGUUUGAUUGAGACCAAAAAGUCUGACAUUAAAUUAUGUCAAAAUCAAUGUUAGUUUCUUAAUUUGUCUCUCAAAUAUAGCUAUUUCGCUAAUAAGCCC